AUGAAUAUAAAUACAAACCACAAUAAAGAAACGAUACAAACACCUAGCCAAGAUGCACAAGGUCGUUGGUAUGAUUUACUAUCACCCACACAGAUCUUAACGGGACAGCAACCACCACCACCACCACCAACAACAACAACAACAACAUCAGAAAAAAAGAAGAAACAACCUUGCAAUCGAAAAUUACGACGUUAUCAGCGAAAACUUCGUAAACAAGGAUUAGAUGAUGCAACUAUACGAAUGUAUACACUUAGUAAUCAACUACAAGAACAGGAUCAAGCACAAGAUGUAGACAUGGAAGAAAUAAUUCCUCUCAAUGAUACAGCAACAUUACCAGGUCCAUAUAAUCCUGAACGAACAUUAACAAAACGUAAAAGAGAUGCAUCUAUCAUCAAAUCAUUAAGUCAAUUAUCAAUGAAAGAAGAUUCAACAAAAAAGAAACAACGAUCUUCUUCGAAAAUACAAGAACAACAACAAGAACAGCAACAUCUGGAAAAUGAAAAUAUAAUUCAGUCGAAUACAAAUCAACAACAAACAACAACAUCAUUACAUUAUUAUUUAAAUGCGACUGAUAAAAAAUUAAAACAAAUGUUAAAGGCUGCUUUUGUUGGUGGAGAAGAUAUUUUAAAAUGGUGUACAUCAAAAGAAAAUCUUCAUUAUCUUCGUGAACAUACUCGUUUAUUAGAUAGAGUAUAUUAUUUUAAAUUAGAACAAGAUCUUUGGCAAAAUUACAUUGUCUAUGGCGAAACAUAUCAUUGUUGGACAUCAUCAUUAUCAAAUACAAUCAUUCAACAAAAUCAAGUAACAUCGGAUUAUCAACAAUCAUUAAAAUCCACGGAAAAAUAUCAACACAAAAUUAAACAACAAUUACAAGAUGCCGAAGAACAUGUUGAACAGCAUGCUUUAUUAUUAAAAAAUUAUCAACAACAAGAUUCAAUGGUCAUUAAUGAACAAUGA